CAGCCAGCCCUGACAUCCCCUGCUGUCCCCUGAAGUACAGCCUCUUCCCCACCCAUGCACCGAGACCCUGGGGCGGCAUCGCAUCAGCCGGGGUGGGAGCCAACCAGCUGUGCUGUGCUGCUGUGCUCCUUCGAGCCACAUGGACAAUAAAACCAAAAUUGGCUUUGAAAGUGGAAGUGCUCUCCUCUUUGAGGGGAAGUGAGGGACUGCACGCGUCAGAACCGCCUAUGAGGGGCAAUGCCGGCAGGCUCCGUUCUGGCCCGAGCGCUGGGCUCCGCGUGGGGGUGGGAAAGGAUUUUACAAAACCCCAAAGAAAUGUUUCCAUGAAAUUCUUUCUUGUUCUUGCCUUUUUUUUUUUUUCUUUCUUUUUUGGACAUUCCAAUGAAAAGAACUGUUCUGGGGCUUUGGAUCGCUUCUCAUGGGUUGGGAAGCCGACCAUGGAGAUGAGGCCAGCCCGGGGCCGGAGGAGGGGCGCCUGCCCUGACAGCACGGCCGACAAGAACGGGGCCCUCAAGUGCACCUUCUCGGCACCCAGCCACAGCACCAGCCUCCUGCAGGGCCUGGCCACCCUCCGCGCUCAGGGCCAGCUCCUCGAUGUUGUGCUGACUAUUAACAGAGAGGCCUUUCCUGCACACAAGGUCGUCCUGGCUGCCUGCAGCGACUACUUCAGGGCCAUGUUCACCGGCGGCAUGCGGGAGGCAAGCCAGGACGUCAUCGAGCUGAAGGGCGUGUCGGCCCGUGGCCUGCGGCACAUCAUCGACUUCGCCUACAGCGCCGAGGUGACACUGGACCUGGACUGCGUGCAGGACGUGCUGGGCGCGGCCGUGUUCUUGCAGAUGCUGCCCGUGGUGGAGCUGUGCGAGGAGUUCCUGAAGGCGGCCAUGAGCGUGGAGACCUGCCUCAACAUCGGCCAGAUGGCCACCACCUUCAGCCUGGCCUCGCUGCGAGAGUCGGUGGAUGCCUUCACCUUCCGGCACUUCCUGCAGAUCGCCGAGGAGGAGGAUUUCCUGCGCCUGCCACUGGAGCGCCUGGUCUUCUUCCUGCAGAGCAACCGGCUGCAGAGCUGUGCCGAGAUCGACCUGUUCCGCGCGGCCGUCCGCUGGCUGCAGCAUGACCCGGCCCGGCGGCCGCGCGCCAGCCACGUGCUCUGCCACAUUCGCUUCCCGCUCAUGCAGUCGUCCGAGCUGGUGGACAGCGUGCAGACGCUGGACAUCAUGGUGGAGGACGUGCUGUGCCGCCAGUAUCUGCUGGAGGCCUUCAACUACCAGGUGCUGCCCUUCCGGCAGCACGAGAUGCAGUCUCCGCGCACCGCCGUGCGCUCGGAUGUGCCCUCGCUCGUCACCUUCGGCGGCACGCCCUACACUGACAGCGACCGCUCGGUCAGCAGCAAGGUCUACCAGCUGCCUGAGCCGGGCGCCCGCCACUUCCGCGAGCUCACGGAGAUGGAGGUAGGCUGCAGCCACACGUGCGUGGCCGUGCUGGACAAUUUUGUGUACGUGGCCGGGGGGCAGCACCUGCAGUACCGCAGCGGCGAGGGCGCAGUGGACGCCUGCUACCGCUACGACCCCCACCUGAAUCGCUGGCUGCGCCUGCAGGCCAUGCAGGAAAGCCGCAUCCAGUUCCAGCUGAACGUGCUGUGCGGCAUGGUGUACGCCACGGGCGGCCGCAACCGAGCCGGCAGCCUGGCCUCCGUGGAGCGGUACUGCCCCCGGCGCAAUGAGUGGGGCUACGCCUGCUCGCUGAAGCGCCGUACCUGGGGCCAUGCUGGGGCCGCCUCAGGGGGCCGCCUCUACAUCUCGGGUGGCUACGGGAUCUCAGUGGAGGACAAGAAGGCUCUGCACUGCUACGACCCCGUGGCCGACCAGUGGGAGUUCAAGGCGCCCAUGAGCGAACCCCGCGUGCUACACGCCAUGGUGGGUGCCGGCGGCCGCAUCUAUGCCCUCGGGGGCCGCAUGGACCACGUGGACCGCUGCUUCGACGUGCUGGCUGUGGAGUACUAUGUGCCCGAGACGGACCAGUGGACCAGCGUGAGCCCCAUGCGGGCCGGCCAGUCAGAGGCCGGCUGCUGCCUGCUGGAGAGGAAGAUCUACAUCGUCGGGGGCUACAACUGGCGUCUCAACAACGUCACGGGCAUCGUACAGGUGUACAACACGGACACCGACGAGUGGGAGCGGGACCUGCACUUCCCGGAGUCCUUCGCGGGCAUAGCCUGCGCCCCCGUCCUGCUGCCCCGGGCCGGGACCAGGAGGUAGCCCCCAAGACCCCCGGGACCCUGGCCUGACCGCAUGUUGUCUCCAAGUGGGGCUUGGCGAAUGCACGUCUGCCUGAGAACCCCAGUGCCCCCCUUCGCCCGGGCUGCCCUUGAGGGGCCUGCUGCGUUGAUAAGCCCCCCUCCCAGGGGUCCCUCCCUCCCUCCUUCCCAAAGCAGAUCCUGGCUGCGAGUCCAUCCGAGGGAGCCUGCCGGCAAAGCGUCUGACAUGUGGUGGCAGCAAAUUCGUCCCCGGGGUGGUUUCCUCGCCUGGCCCCCGAGUCCCCACGGGCUGGCGGGUGGAAUCCCAGGUCUCCAGGGGGUCCCUGUGCAGCUCCAUCUCACUUCUCUACCGUCUCCCAGCCCCACGGUUCCAGGCAUUCAGAUGUCAGCUCAUCAACAUUGAACCCAAAGUCGGUGGUAUAUGACUCACCCUCCUUCCAAGUCUCCUGCGCGCGUGUUUUUAAAAUAAACUCACCCGAAACGUCCGUAACACACGGACCUCCAGGAGAAGUGAGAAGUGGCUUAGAAGCCCCUGGUUUGGGGUGGGUGGAGGAGGAGGGCACGUGUCUGCCUCCCCUGGGGUGCCCUCCUUCCCCCAUCCCAAGCUGCUGAGGGGAGGCCCUGGUCAUGCCUCAGUUCCUGUCUUCAUCUGCUUUCCGGAGGAAAAACCAUAUCAACUCCUAGAAACGCUCCUUAGGGGCUUGGGACCUUCCAUUUGGCACUGAGCAUCUUGUGGGGCCUUAACUGGCUGAGACAUCCCGGCCCUCUACAUUUGCCCUGUUGGCCAGGCAGUCCCCUUCCCGCAAUUGGAGGGCGACGCUAACUUCAGAAUCCCAUAGUGUCGCUUGCCACAGGUCUGGUGGGGUGUCUUUUUUCUCCUCCCUCCUUUCCACCCCUCCGCGCCCUGCCACUCCCUGGCCUGCCCUGUUUUUGGGUCAACAUUGCUACGGAGCCAGCAGUGAGGCCUUUCCCUUCAAGGGCUCUGUGGUAUCUCUGGCCACAUUUGUUUUAAUGUCUGAACCUCUAAACCUUUUCUUUGUGAUUGGUUUUACUGUUUUUAAGAAGCCAGCACUGCUGUCUCAUAGAUGGGAUUUGUACUCUUGGGGCAACUUAAAGUGUCUCUCUCGCUGCUAACAGACGAUUGAUGUCUUGUCUCUGUGACCCACUCACCAUGUAAAGAAUUAACCUCCUAUCUUAGCAGACGUCGUCUCCUAAUAUUUCCCUUUAUUUAAUAAAAAUGUUAUGGUGAAGAGAUGGA